AUGAUGAGGCUUGUUGCGGCGGUGGUCGCCGUGAUGUGUUUGGCGCUGGGUGUUGGAGGGCAUACGUUUGUUGAAGGCAGGGUGGCUGGGCAAAGCACGGCCACUGGCGACUACCAUCCACAGCCCAACGUCACCCUUCCUUGUGGUGCCUUGGUCAUUGGUGAACGAGAUGCAAAGAACUCAUCGCUCGUCGUCUUUCGAGGCAUUCCGUUUGCUGAGCCACCUGUGGACAAGUUGCGGUUUAUGCCGGCUGCUGUGAAGACAUGUCCUGGGUCAUCGACAUCUGUGCUCAACGCAACGAAGGACCCAAACACCUGCUACCAGUCCGCACCGCUUGGCCCUGACCACGUCUCCGAGGAUUGCCUGUACCUGAACAAGAAGCGGCUGAAGCCGAUUGCGUUCUGGAUCUACGGCGGCUCCAACGUGGGCGGGUCCCUCGACGCAUAUCCGGGGCUGGACAACCUGCCGCGGCAGGAGGACCUGUGCGUGAUUGCACCAAACUACCGGCUGACCGUGUUUGGGUUUCUGGCGUCGCCGGCGCUGGCGGAAGCGGAUCCGCGCGGCGUGUCGGGCAACUACGGCAUCACGGAUCUGAUUGCCGCGCUCAAGUGGGUGCAGCACAACGCGGCGGCGUUUGGAUGCGACCCAGACUCGGUCACGCUGUAUGGGCAAUCGAGCGGCGGCACGAACAUCAUGGCGCUGCUGAGCUCGCCGCCGGCCAAGGGCCUGUUUCACGCCGCCAUCUCCCUCUCACCGUCGCUGAACAUCACGCAGGACCUGGUAACAACGGAGCGCUCCCACGCGCCGCUCAUCAACAGCACCAAGUGCCAUUCGGAGCCCACGCACGCUGCGCUGGCCAAGUGCCUGCGCGCCCUCCCUGCCAAGGAGCUGAUGAGGGCGGUGCCGCGAGCGUGGCUGGCCGGCACGGCUGAUCUCCGCCCAGGCCGCGACCCAAGGGGGCUCACGUCCCUGGUUGGCCUGCUGGCGGUGGACGGCGUGACCAUUGCGAAUUCGCUGCGGGAGGCGCUGGCCACGCCCAUCAUCGACGUGCCGCUGUACCUGUCGACCAUGCGGGACGAGGAGGAUGUGCAGCCCAACGUCACCAUCACGCUGUGGACGCGCGACCGCUUCCACAAGUACAUCCGCGACACGUUUGCCGCGUACCCUGCUGGGACAGAGGACCUGCUGCUGCAGCUGUUUGGCGGGCCCAACUUUGUGACUGCGCCGCAGGCGUACUACGACAUGGGCAGCGUGAUUGGCGUGAACUGCGCGGCCAUCAGCCUGGGCCGCGUGGCUGCAAAGGCGUUUGCGUCGCCCGUGUAUGUGGUUGAGGUGGACCUGCCCCCCGUGCACCCGGUGGCGCUGACUGCGCUGGCGCUCGAAUCGCGGUACCCGUUCCACAUCUGGGAUUGGAUCCUUGCGCAGCGGUCAUGGGAUUUUGGCAAGAGCCUUGGCGGCCGCAGCAUUGAUGCCGGCGCGCGGGAUCUUCAAGGCAGCCAGCUGCUUCGUGCUGCGUUUCUUGAUCUCAUUGGCGACAGCACAAGCACGAACCACACCUCUCCCGCCCUCAAACCCUUUCUCCCUAGUGGUGGUCGCAGUGGUGGCAGUGAUGGUCAUCUUGGUGGUGGUCUCAAUGGUGGAGAUGCGGCAGGAAGCACAGAGCAAUCGUCGUCGUCGUCGUCGUCGUCGUCGUCGUCAUCGUUUGUGGUGAAUGUGCUGCAGGAGUCUGGGUCGAGUUCGAAGGAGGCUGUGUGGUUGGCGGCGGCUGAUUUCCGCAAGGCCAUGUGUGAGCGGCUGCACGCGGUGGGCUUUGAUGAUCGCUUCUACUGGAUCAACUGA